CUCUUCCUGCCUCAUGUUUAAAAAUCGUCAUUUAAGAUUUCGUGCAAAAUGGCGACAAGGUCAUUGAAGGAUAUUGCUACUAUUCUCAUUCUCCUGGUGGCUUACGCUGGUGCGACUUGCCUCCAUGAAAACUGCGCUACAUGUACCGACCCGACCCAGUGUAACUCAUACAAUGAUGGCUGGUGGGGUCCACAGUGCACAUACAACUGUAGAGCGAAUACCGCGUGUCCGGGUUCAUGCCAGAUGGAUAACGGAUAUUGCACAUCCUGCUCUGAUGGGACUUAUACCAAGAAAACUUGUCAAGACUGCUCCUACGGUUGUAAGACAUGUAGAACUGCAUCCUAUUGUCAGAACUGUUUUGAUGGUUACUUCCUAGUAGAUGGAACAUGUCAUAAUCAAUGUUUUGAAGGGUGUUCUCAUGCAUGCGACAUGUCAACUGGACAUUGUGCUUGUAAAGGCGGAUACUGGGGUAGUCGAUGUCAGGAAAAGUGCGGAAACUGUUCAGGAGGGACAUGUGUACAAUCCACUGGGUAUUGCCAAUGUAGUGACGGCUUCUAUGGGAGCCGAUGCACGUCUGUUUGUGGAUCUGGCUGCCUUGAUGGUAAAUGUGACGCAAGUACAGGCCACUGUCAAUGCCAGCCAUCCGGAUUAUGCAAGUGUAAAGAUGGUUAUUACGGUGAACAAUGUUCCUUACAAUGUCAUCCGUAUUGUGCUGUCUGUGUGACGAGUAGGAUGCACUGUAGUACAUGUAUACCAGGACAAUGGGGAUUACCAUACUGCAUUAACAGAUGUAAUGCUGGUUGUAAAAAUAGAACGUGUGACGAGAUAUCUGGACACUGUGAAUGCGCACUAGGGUAUUGGGGGCGUACGGAAGCCCCAUGUAUAAACAAAUGUAGUAAAGGCUGUCUUAAUGGUAAAUGUGAUGACGGUACUGGCUAUUGUCAUUGUAUUGAUGGUUAUUAUGGUGAUAAAUGCUCCUCAAAAUGUUAUCCAAGAUGCACUGCCUGUGUCACUAGUUAUACCAAUUGCAGCGAUUGUAAACCAGGAUAUUGGGGAGCAUCUUGCUAUAAAAGGUGUAAUACUUACUGUCAAUAUGGUAUGUGUGACCAUUAUUCUGGACAAUGCGACUGUAAACGAGGUCAUUGGGGACCUUUACAAUCUCCGUGUUCGAACAAGUGUAGCAAUGGGUGCAGAAAUUAUAGAUGUGAUGCUUUAACGGGACAAUGUGACUGCAAUCUUGGUUAUUGGGGACCAUCAUGUACAAACAGAUGCAAUGUGAAUUGCAAAGACGAAACAUGUGACGCCUCAUCUGGGCAAUGUGAAUGUAAACAAAAUUAUUUUGGAAUAUUAUGUAAAAAUAGGUGUAACGAGGGUUGCGAAAUUGAAACUUGUGAUUUAAAAUCUGGCCAAUGUGACUGCAAGCCGGGUUAUUGGGGGCAUUUGGCCAACCCUUGUACAAACGUUUGUAAUUAUGGCUGCAAAAAUAGAACUUGUGAUUUAGAUUCUGGAUAUUGUGAUUGUAUUAUAGGCUAUUUCGGCAAAACAUGUAACAACUCUUGUCCAGUUGGUUGCGCCCUGUUGGAAUGUGACAAGGAAACAGGACGUUGCAACGAUUGCUUGGAAGGGUAUUAUGGAGAACGUUGUUUGCCAGGAGGUAUCGAAAGUCAAAUCGCCAUCCAAAAGCACGUUGUGAUUACAGCCGUAUCGGGAGCAGUUGUGUCGGUAUUUAUUUUGACAGCUGGUGCGAUAGUCAUAGUCUGGAUUCUUAAGAGGAAAAGGGAUAAGAAAAAACAUAACGAAACGAACAAUGAGGCGACUAGAAGUCAGGAAGACCGAUACGAACAACUACAGCGGAGGAAUGGGGGUAUUGGGAUGUAUGAGAUUAUUCACGUGGGUUAACUACUCAAUACACAAGCAUUUCUUAAGCGACUUCCUCAAAGAUAUUGUAUACGAGUAUCUCUCGUUGAGUGUAUGCUGAGUCUGUAGUUCCGUCGUAUUGGUAUUGUUGUGAUAUCUUUUACUGUAAAAAUUAUUAACAUUCUCAAGUGUAAAUUAAACCCUUUUCUCACAAUCUUGUCCUAUUUAUUUUUAAAGGACCAUUCACUUCGUUAAUUGAUUUUGCUUUACCUAAUCUAUUUAAAAAUACCACUGAUUUCGACAAUACUGAUUAACGAUUGUGGCUUUAGGCAGGAACAGGCUGUUAUGUCCGUAACGUAUUCGGUAUUAAAGGCAUCUAUCUAUUUGGGAAUAGAAAUGAGUAUUUGUCAUGAUAUAUGUUUUAUUUCAAGCUGAUAAGGAAAUAAAUAAAUACUCUAUUAUGUAUUAGUUUGAUUUUAAGCAAUUUAAAGCAUUAACUAUCCGUGCUCUUUGUACGUUAAAAUGCAUGCUUUCUGUUAAAAUUGGCAAGGUUUUAUAAGAAUGGUUCUCACAAAUUGCAAGCAGAAUAGCCGUAAUGUUAUAUACAUUACCAGAAAAAUGUGAUCUAUUAAAAAUUAUAGAUGCUUUUUUUGGAAACGUUAUUUUUGCAAUUUUGUAGUAUGUUUUGCAAUUUAUGGUGAACAAUAAUAUAUUUCAAGCAAAACAAAACAUUUAAUACCCGAAACUUUUUCGUCAGCUAAUGUAAGUAACCUAAAAUAUAUGUUUCCUACAGAAAAUAGUUUAUGGAUUUUUGUGAAAGAGAUUUGAAUAUAAUCAUAUGUCCAUCAAGAUCCUAACAUUUUCACUACCUAUGUGACCAAUUAUGAUGAUGUACACAAGCAAUACAUUGAUAAUAGUGUGUAUUCCUGACUAACAUGUAUCUUUUUAAAAGGUUGUUUGAAUUAUUUUAUUAUCCUUAUUCAUUUUUAAAAUCGUAAUACAUUAUUUUAUAGUUCUUAUAAUAAACAUAUUGUUUUAAAAUCAGAAAAUAGCAUUUCCAUCCAUUUUUUAUAAUAUAAUUAUUCUUUAAUACUAUACAUGCUACUUUUUUUAUAAUCUUUCUAUUUGGGACUUUUGAGUGGGUGGAAGGGGACAUUGUUUUUGUUGUUAUAGGUCACAAUUUUAUUUGUAGAGCACCGCAAGAAUUUAGGUUGAGUUGUAACGAGCUUGAUGGUUAUUUGAUAGACAUAAUAUUGACUUUUAUGGCACUAAAAUUGUUAUAUUAUUCAGCCAAGGCCAUGAAUCACCACGCAAUAAUUGAGUGGAAGUUGAUGUUUUUGUCUGCAACCACAUCUCGAUUAAUUGGACACUUUAGGAAUCUGGAGCCGUAUUCAAUAAGCAUCUUAGUGAAUAUUUUCAACUUAGUGAGAAUUUCGUAAUAUUUGACAUUGAUUAUUUUAAAUACCCACUACUUUUCAUCCGAUUUAUUCAUAUGCAUAUAUUGUUUAGACCAUUUUCUUGCUUAUUUUCAUACUUUUGGUGUACAAACAUUGUUCGUUUUCUUAAAAUUCAAAUUAGAAAAAAGGCAAUUUUUCACUAAGUUGAAAAUUGUUACUAAGAUGCUUAUUGAAUACGGCCCCAGGACAACAAAUAGCUUUUUUAGAAAAAGUUGAGCGUUGUCUAUGUGUGCUGUUUAUAAUAUGUGUUGAAAAAGAAUUUGAUAUGGAUUACAGUGUGAUUAUUUGGCAUUCAGUUCAAACGUAGUUGUUUUGCUUACCUGUUUUAUAAUAAUUGGUGCACAGCUGUAGAUUAAUGCAUUUGGCUACAUCUUUUAUAGAUUAGGCCUUUGUAACUCUGAGGCAAUGUUAUUUAAUUAGCUUUGCUUUUGUUUUAUUUUUAUUUGCUUUCUUAUUUGAUAAGGAUGUAUCGAUAUCAUGUUAAAGCUUAUAAAAUAUCGUGCCUAACGACAAUUUGUUUACCAAGUUUAUAUAAUUCCCAUCUUUAUGUAUCAUACGUCAUUGCUUAUACCACUUCAAAUCCACUGUUAAUAUGUCUCACCCGUACAUGAUAUUAACAUUCAUUUUGCUAUAUAAUGAAUAUUUACAUAUUUCUAACCUGAUGCAUUGCACUUAAUAUUUCAUUAUACAAAUUAAAUACUGUGAUGCUGUGAUGUCGUUGAUGCUUUUAUAGAACAGAACACUCAAAACAGCCCGAAAAGAGUUUCAACCUCUAAGUCGUGCUCGCACUUUUCUAUACAUACCCAGCACAAUUUCAAUACCUUGCUACGAAUUCCCAAUUUAUAUAACUUAGCUAUAGCCCAGUUCUAUAUAUACCAUCAAAAGCUUGUUUUUUUAUCAAGAAAUACAGAUAAUAUUUUUCAUUAAGAAUAGUACUUACAAUAGCGCUUAGUACAAAAAAAAUCCUCCACUGUUGAUGUACCUUUUCUUUCUAAAUCAUAUUUUGCAUCACUUAGAAUGUUGUUUGUUCAACCCAAUCAGAUUUUCAGUUAUUAAUAAUUUCAGUGAAUAUUUUCGAAAAUAGCUUAGAAUGGUAAUACUUCUAUGUUUGUUAACAUCGGUAGGAUCAUGUUUUUAAAAUAAAGGUACUUGAAGACUAUCCGUCCACUAAUCGGGAAAGAAACCAGCAUCGAAUAUAUAUGUCAUAGAUAGGUCCACGAGGUGCGGCAGGAAUAAUGUUGUUCUCCUCUGAUUUUUUCAUUAUAUUUUAAUGAUCUAGAAGAAAUUGUCUUACUAAAUGGCUAUCAAGGGAUUAAGUUGUAUGUAUUCUAAAUAUGUUUGCUAUUAUAUGACGAUGAUAUUGUUCUAUUUUCUCAAACGCCAGAUGGUUUUUAGGUUUCCUGUUUGUGAUUGUAUGUUCUAUAUCUUUGGCGUUUACCCAGUGCCAAUAAACAGGGUUUAUGUUUAAACGUUUUGCUACUGAGCUUGUUUCUGUAGCUUUUCGCAUAAAUAUUAAAUUUUAAUAAUAUUACUUUUUCGUCUAGCUACGCCUACGAUAUGUUAGUUGUUUGAUUUUGUAAGUUUCUAUGGUUACCAAAAAUUAUUUUGUCUAUUUCAUGCUCAAUACUUCUAUCAAAUAUCAAACUAUAUCAAACUAUAUCUGCUGUCAUAUAUAUGAUAUUUUAAUAAGAUCAAACAUGGUUGACCAUGAUUUUUGGUUGAUAAUUGCCACAGUGAGAAAAAUAAUUGCCCGAGUCAUUUGUCAAUGAUUUAUACUGGUUUUGAAAAAUAAACCGUGGAACAACAUAGAAUAUGAGAAGCAGGAAGUCUGAACGAAAAGAAAAUGAAACGCAAUAAAUUUGUUUUAAAUGGCAUUAGCUAUUUAGAAUAACGAGUGCAUUGAAAUUAAAACGUAAAACCCUUUAUCACGUGUUUUCGGAAUAAGAUGCAAUAUUUCAUUUUUAAAAAAAAACAUAUUUCUUAUUUUUACUUCGGCUGAUUUUGCCAUUCAUCUCAAUAUGUGAAGACAGCUAGGGUCGAUCAAUCCCAGGAGCAGUUUUAUAAGAUAUUGGACUUGAAUGACCCUAGCCAUUUUGCUGGAAUAAUGAACAUUUCUCAGCAGAAAAGGUAAAACAAAACGUUGCGACAAAACAACUUUUUCUUACGUUAGAUUUUUUCUCAUUAAUUCGCAUUGAAAUUACUAAGACUUAGUGUCUUUUGUUGGAUAUCUAAUGAUUUCUGAUCCGAAAUAAAG